GAGGCGGAGGAGCGGCGGCCCGGAGGAGGGUCGCUCCCGCCGGGCGAGCAUGGGGCGCCGCGCUCCGAGGCCGCUGCUGCUGGCGCUCGUGUGGCUGGCUUUCGGUCAUGGGCGUGUGGUGAGAGUGCCCACAGGCACCCUGGUCCGGGUGGUGGGCACUGAGCUGGUGAUCCCCUGCAACGUCAGUGACUAUGAUGGCCCCAGCGAGCAGAACUUUGACUGGAGCUUCUCUUCUACGGGGAGCAGCUUUGUGGAACUCGCAAGCACCUGGGAGGUGGGCUUUGCAGCACAGUUAUACCGGGAGCGGCUGCAGAGGGGCGAGAUCCUGUUAAGGCGAACUGCCAAUGAUGCUGUGGAACUCCACAUAAAGAAUGUCCUGCCCUCAGACCAAGGCCACUACAAGUGUUCAACUCCUAGCACCGAUGCCACUGUCCAGGGCAACUAUGAGGACACAGUGCAUGUUAAAGUACUGGCUGAUGCCCUGAUGGUGGGCCCUAGUGUGCGGCCUCCUCCCAGCCUGAGCCUGCGUGAGGGGGAGCCCUUCGAGCUGCGCUGUGUGGCCUCCACCGCCUCGCCUCUGCACACACACCUGGCACUGCUGUGGGAGCUGCAUCGUGGCCCAAUGCACCGAAGCAUUCUUGCCCUCACCCACGAGGGCAGGUUCCACCCAGGCCCAGGCUAUGAGCAACGCUACCACAGUGGGGACAUGCGCCUUGACACCAUGGGCAGCGAUGCCUACCGCCUGUCUGUGGCCCGGGCACUGUCGGCAGACCAGGGCUCCUACAGGUGUGUGGUCAGCGAAUGGAUCACAGAGCAGGGCAGCUGGCAAGAAAUACAAGAAAAAGCCAUUGAGGUUGCCACUGUGGUGAUUCAGCCAACAGUUCUGCAGGCAGCCGUGCCCCGGACGGUGUCUGUGGUGGAAGGGAAGGAACUUGACCUGUCCUGCAAUAUCACAACUGAUCGUGUGGAUGACGUCCGGCCUGAGGUGACAUGGUACUUCAAAAGGACGCCUGAAAGCACCUUGCCUGCUUCCCACAUGCUGGCCCGUUUGGACCGAGAUUCGCUGGUGCACAGCUCACCUCAUGUGGCUCUGAGUCACGUAGACGCACGCUCUUACCAUCUCCUAGUGCGAGAUGUGAGCAAAGAAAACUCUGGAUACUAUUUCUGCUACGUAGCACUCUGGGUUCCUGGACACAACAGGAGCUGGCACAAAGUAGCAGAGGCCACAUCUGCCUCAGCCAAUGUGGGCGUGAUCUGGCUAGAACCAGACUACCAAGUAUACCUGAAUGCUUCUAAGGUCCCUGGGUUUUCAGAUGACCCCACAGAACUGGAAUGCCACGUGUUGGACAUGAAGAGUGUGGAGGCAAGUGUCCGACUUACCGUGUCAUGGUACUAUAGGAUGAACAGGCGCAGUGACGAUGUGGUGACCAGCGAGCUUCUUGCAGUCAUGGAUGGGGACUGGACACUGAGAUUUGGGGAGAGGAGCAAGCAGCGGGCCCAGGAUGGAGAGUUUAUUUUUUCUAAGGAGCACACGGACACAUUCAGUUUCCGAAUCCAAAGAACUACUGAGGAAGAUAGAGGCAAUUAUUACUGUGUCGUGUCUGCCUGGAUCAGGCAGCGGAACAACAGCUGGGUGAAGAGCAAGGACAUCUUCUCCAAACCUGUCAGCAUAUUCUGGGCCUCAGAAGAGCCCAUGCUUGUGGUGAAGGCACGGCAGCCGAAGCCUUUCUUUGCUGCAGGGAAUACAUUUGAGAUGACUUGCAAAGUGUCUUCCAAGAACAUUAAGUCACCGCGCUACUCUGUCCUCAUCACAUCUGAAAAGCCAGUUGGGGACCUCUCCAGUGCCAAUGAGACCAAGUCCAUCAUCUCUCUGGACCAGGAUUCUGUGGUGAGGCUGGAGAACUGGACAGACACUGCACGGGUAGAUGGCAUCGUGUUAGAGAAAGUCCAGGAGGAUGAGUUUCGAUACCGAAUGUACCAGACUCAGGUCUCAGAUGCAGGGUUGUACCGCUGCCUGGUGACAGCCUGGUCUCCUGUCCAGGGCAGCUUGUGGCGAGAAGCAGCCACCAGCCUCUCCAAUCCCAUUGAGAUCGACUUCCAAACCUCAGGUCCCAUCUUCAAUGCUUCUGUGCAUUCUGACACGCCAUCAGUCACCAGGGGAGAGCUGAUCAGACUGUUCUGCAUUGUCACUGUCGAGGGAGCAGUGCUGGAUCCAGACGACAUGGCCUUUGAUGUGUCCUGGUUUGCGGUGCACUCCUUCGGUUUAGACAAAGCACCUGUCCUAUUGUCCUCCCUGGACCGGAAGGGGGUUGUGACUGUGGCCCAGAGGGACUGGAAAAGCACCAUCAGCCUGGAGCGUGUGAGUGUGCUAGAAUUCUUGCUGCAAGUGCAUGGCUCUGAGGACCAGGACUUCGGCAACUACUAUUGUUCCGUGACUCCAUGGGUGAAGUCACCAACAGGUUCCUGGCAGAAGGAGAUGGAGAUCCACUCCAGGCCCAUCUUUAUAACUGUGAAGAUGGAUGUGCUGAACGCCUUCAAGUAUCCCCUGCUGAUCGGUGUGGGCUUAUCCGCCGUCAUCGGGCUUCUCUCCUGCCUCAUCGGGUACUGCAGCGCCCACUGGUGCUGUAAGAAGGAGGUGCACGAGACGCGGCGGGAGCGCCGCCGGCUCAUGUCAAUGGAGAUGGACUAGCCUGGAGCGCCAUGACCGAGGGACAGUGUAGGACGGUGGGGUGAGAAGAGGACAGUGAUAUUUUAAAACAGAGUGUUACACUAAACCAGUCCUCUCUAAUCUCAGGUGGGACUUGGCACUCUCUCUUCUGCAUGUCAAGUUCUGAGUGCGGACAUGUUUACCAGCACACGGCUCUUCUUCCCACAGCACUUUCUCAUAUGUAACAAUCGAAUGUGUGUUUCCCCCAGCUGCAGUGUUUAAAUGGCUAACCCUAGUCUAAUUUCUUUCUCCUACCUGCUUAUCUGUCCUCAGACUUGUGUGUAUUUUAAGAGGUUGUGGUGAAGAGAGUGAAGGCUUUCAUAGUCUUUGUGGUGGGUGAGGAUGGUGCAUGCCCACCUGAGAGCUGGUACCCAUGCUGGAGCCGGUGUCUGGAGAGCUAUUGCCUGUCACCCUCCACCUCAGCCCUGAGAUAUGCCACAGACCUGUGUCAAGGCUUAUUGUGGCUUUUCUACCCUGCCCCAUCCCCAAUUUUUAGGGGUUUAAACAACAUUUGAAAUCUUAACUUGGAGUAUGUAACUUGAACCCAAAUGCUUUUAUUAUUAUUAUUUUUUUUUUUUUUGGCUUCUCUGCCCCUCCUCCAUCUUUUUGUUUCUGUGAGAGUGAGGAAAUGGCAGCUCUGGUGUCUGGAAUCUGGUUUUCCACCGAGCACCUUAUCUUGCCACCUUAGCCUUAAGAAUGAGUCUGAAGAAAAACAUACCGUGACCUCCAUCCACAGCAGUUGAAGGUCUGUGAGGAAGAGGACAUGGGGCAAGGAAAGGAAUGGACACAUUUGCCAAUAAUCUGAGGCUACUGUGCUCGAGGGACCCCAAGGGGAGCAGGAGCAGGGUUGGAUUUGUACAACCCAAGCUGGGAGGUCAGGACACCUGGGCCACAUUAGGCUGUGAAAGCCCUGCGGUCAUCCCCAACCCCCAUUUGUGUCAUGAGAGGUGCCACAGGACCUGCACCAGAACCAGGCAUGUGCCUCAUCCUUCACCUGCCAUCAGACUACUUCACAUGAAGACAAAUUGCCACCUGUGAGACUGACUAACUUCAAGGAAUCAGAAAAUUGCCUUGAGCAAUCGUGUGUCUUCCAUGACCUUUUCAGUCCUUCCAGUCUCUUUAAGAUCCCUGCGGGGGUUCAGUGAGGAAGGGUAUACUUUGUGCAACAUUUGCCUUCCCAUUAGGGAUUCAGAGAAAACCCAACAAUUUGCUGUCAUGUGACCAGCCUGUGAAAUAGGGUUGAAGCAGCGGGCUCUGCCUGACUGCGCCUGCCAGGAACAAAAGAGUGGCUGGAGAGAGAGAGAGCUUCCAGGCCCCCAGCACCUACUCUGACCAUGCACCUCUGAGAGCCUCAACUCCUGAAGCAUCUGCCCUUCCCCAUCACUGGCCUUCUGUGGCCUCCUGUGGGUGCCAAAGCUCCCUGUUGACUCUGCCCUCACCUGGGGCUCUGAAGGAUCUAACACUGCUCUGUCUUCCAAAAGGGGAAAAAGAUUCACUUGUCUUGAGCAAUAAAAUAACACAAUGCAAAGGCCAUCCAUGUGCAGCUCUGUCACCUUGGGCUGGAUGAAAGGAGUGUCCCCAGCUCACUGUCUCCCACUUCCCUCUGCAUAGCCCACCAUUGCUUCUGUGCUCAUCACCGAGUUCCCUGCCUGUGUGGCCACCAUUGGGACACACACGAUAGCAGCCUUAGAUUCUGCACUGGUGGUUGCAGCACAGGGGGGCUCUGGCCUGGAGUCUGGUGGGAAGGUGGGCAGCACCCCACCCGGGUGUGAGAUGAGAAGAGAAGAGGUCUUUGUAGACUUCCCGGGUGCUCUGAGGAGCUGGGACACAGAAGCUGGUGUGAGCAGAAAGAACACCACUGCAAACGGGCGGGGUGCUCAUUUGAGUCCAGUGGUUACUAAGGACUGAGGGUUGUCACAGUACAGCCGUUCUCCUCAGAGGAGGAGGGGGUCUGGGACGGAACCGUGGAUAGGACAGGUGCAUGAGAAACCACACACUAGGUGAGAGUGACGCUGAUGGUAAAAGGAGGCAUGCUCACAUUUGUCUUUUCCUUUCAAACUGAUGCUGCAGUUUGAAGCUGAGUCAAGACAUUGACCUUCACCCACCACAUGUGUCCAAACCUCAAAUCACUUGGAGUUGGGAGAGGGGACAUCAUGCCAAGGGCCUAGUUCUUCCAGGACUGCCAGCCUCUUGGAGUGUGCACUCUCUUGAUAUAAGAAACAGGCUUCCCCACAAAGUGCUGUUCUGGAGAGGCAGCAGUGUGGGGGAGGCAAGACCGAGUGAGCCCUUGCACACAUGAAAUUGCACUUCUUAAAAAGAACCUAAUCAUAUCCCCAGAAAGAGCCUAAGCUAUGUUCAGAUUGAAGCCUCAAAAUUACUUUAAAUUGUUUACUUUGUGAUGUUUACAUACACAAUUCACUUUUUAGAAAUAAGAAAAAUGCAAACUCUGGCUUUUUAACAACUUUUCAGACUUUUCACACAUGGGACAGUGAAACUCUGACUCACCAGCUGAGUUAAAUCUUAAUUUAGAAAUGUACUGUUGUGCGGGUUUCCCCUCCCCCCCCAGCCACGUGGCUCCCUCCUCCCCAGACCUCUGUGGGUGUCUCUGGUGGCUCUUGCUGCCUGCUUUGCAGACUGCCUGCAGCCGUGAUUUUGUCACUGACAUCCAUGAGCCAAAGACUGCGCCUUUGGAGCAGGAGCAAUAAGCAAUAGUACACAACUUGCUACUUUCAGAAAAAAAAUUUUUUAGCUUCAUCUAUGACAACAGAGGAAGAAGGGAACUGGGGUUUGGGUAAGUUCUCCUCCACUAUUUGACCAAAUUCUCAGUGAGAAAUGUGUGUGCAGAUCACUAGGAGAACAUGGUUGGCUUUCUUUUAUUAGUAUAUUAACACAAAGAUCUGCAGAAUAUUCGGGAGACAAAAAGUCUUGUGUAUUUUUGUUCAUAUCCAAUGUUAUACAAACUAAUUGUGUUGUUUUAUACUGUGACCACAAAUAUUAUGCAAUGCACCAUUUGUUUUUUAUUUCAUUAAAGGAAGUUUAAUUUAAAUUGAA